UCAGCCUCUGCAGCCGCAGCUUCAAGUCAUCAAACGUGUUUUUGCUAGGAUCGUUAGCCAGACUAGUGGGAUCCAGGAAAUGAAUCACUUUUGUUGAGAGAAAUGCUGCACUGAAACUCUGAACAAUCAAAACUGCAGUGAUGUGAAUAAAACGUAACAACAUUCCUUCCUAGUUGCCGAUUUUAUUUCAUUUCAUACACCAUGGCGAAGCUACUGAGAAUGUUUCAGGGCAAAAAGGCUCCCCAUCCUCCGAAGAGGGAUUACACCGAUAAACAAGGGGAGCGUAGAACAAAAACCUCGAUGAGUGACUCCGAAGAUGAGUCCGCCGGGGGAGGUGUGUUCAGCGCGUCGAACGAUUCGUCACCCCGUGGAAACUCACCGACCCCACCGCCCAAUCCAUCGCACGGCCACGGUGCGGACAGAUUCCGCUUUGGGAGUCAGACAUCAUAUGGGACGGGAACUGUGGACUUAAAAAGCUGUGGUGGGGGAUCUUCAGGAGGCCAUAUGGGGACAAAUAGCAGAGGAACGAUGGGUGGAAUUGGUGAAGGAGGGCUCACCGAGAGAAGAAGAAAUGACAGCGGCAGUGGACCCAAAAGUCCAAACACAAAACAACCUGUUGUUCUUGAUGAUUACAGCGAUCCCAAAGACGUCUUGAAGUCCUCGGUGGACGGUGGACCCCUACCCAUGGGACCAGAAGGACCCUUGUCAAAUCAACCCUACGCUGAAGAUGAUUAUUCAGUCCCCUACGGUGUUAUUAAACAGUUGCGAUCUGGCACGUUGCCAGAAGACGGUCCUAUGCCGGACCAACCCUAUGCAGAUGACGAUUAUUCCUUGCCAUAUGACUUAGUCAAAAAAAACCGACACCAAAUACCAGAAGAAGGAUGGGAUCCAAAUAGGAUGACCAUUCCUGAAGAUGAUUAUUCAUUACCAUACGACGUUCUCAAGAAAAUCCAGACACAGGCGAAAGGUCAAUCCAGCACCAAAUUUAAGCCCACAUCGAUAAGACAACAACAACAUCAAUACGAAGAACCACCAGACGUCAGUGAGCUUCACAGACGAGUAUCAGAAGACGAAUCCCCAGAUGAUCAACCGGGGCUUGAGAACAGCCGGAAACAAGAUGCCCCCGUUGCCAUGGACAAUGCCGAGGAGAACGGCAAUCUCUCCUCCUCCGAUGCGCCGUUAUCGCCACAGCCCGAUCAGACGCCGCAGAACGACAUGAGACCCCAGGGAGAAUACGACAACCCUUGGGAGUGGAGGUCACAUCAACUGCCGAGGUUACCGCCAGAAUCACCCGGCGGAGAAUUCAAGAGGUCCAGGAGUAAGUCGGAUGUUGCUCAUCUGGGAGGAGGGGUGGGGAGGACGAGUCCAGACAGUGACAUCAGACCUCAAGAUGAUUACGACCAACCCUGGGAAUGGAUUCAGAAGAACAGACAAAUGUCUCAAGUCUUGACAGAAAGAGAGAAACAGAAUAUAGUAUCGAGGUCGGGAGCGUCAACACCAGACAAUGCCAGGAAGCAGUCACCAAUGAAGAAGCCCUCUAAGGAAUUGAAGCUAGAGUUGUCUAAACACAGUAAACAUGAUGUCCAAGGAGAGAAGAUCGACCCAAACCUAAGUUUGGACGCACAAACUUUCUACCACGGGAAGUUGUCUCGAACGGAAGCGGAGAAGUUGCUGAAACCUUGCAAGGAAUGCAGCUAUCUGGUUAGGCAGAGUGAAAGUGCACAGAAAGACUACUCACUCUCACUCAAGAGUGCUAAAGGCUUCAUGCACAUGAAAAUCGUGAGCCAUCCCCAGGGCUACAUCUUGGGGGAGUUCAGUAAACCCUUCCUUGGUAUUCCUCAGAUGAUCUUCUAUUACACGACGCACAAGCUAAAUAUCAGAGGUGCGGAACACAUGGCACUACUUCAUCCAGUUGAUAACCAGUUGCUAUGAGACGUUAACAAGGAUGGAGAAGUAUGCCUCUUACCUUCUUAUAACGUGACUCAUCUACUCAUGAUGAUAGGGGUCAGGGGUCGGCAGGCAUAAUGUGUACACUGAGGCGACUGUACAAACAUGCACAUGUGUUGAUUGUGUGUGUGUUGCAGUGUACCAUGUUAUUUCGUUUUUAAGAACUCUUUAAAAGAGCACAUCUCAAACGGUGUGUUCUGCUGUUGUUGUUUGCAAUACUUAAUGUGAUGUGGAAAUGUAACAUGUACAAAGUCCCACCUUGAUACACGGAUGUUUUCUCCUGCCACCUGCUUUGUUGUACAUGUAUACCAAGUCACUGAGUGGUAUUCUCCGUAAGACUCCACAUUGUCCUUGGGUAGAUUUCACAAAAAGUUAAGACUAGUCUUAUGUCGAGUUAGGACGAAUUACUCGUCCUAACUUAGGACUAGCCUUAAGUUUUUAAAAACUCCUAGGACAAGUCUUAAAGUUAGGACUAUCUGUGUGGAAUCGACCCCUAAUCACAUCAUCUCAGCAACAUAAGUGUGUCACUCUUCUGCCAGGAAGAACAUCUAGCAAGUUAGAAUGCCCUUUACUUACAGGCCUGGGCUUACAAAAAAUGGAAGCAAAAUGAAUUUGCCUACAGACUUUUUGAAACUUGAACCUGCAACGAUUGAAACUUUCAACCAAACUAUAGCUACCCAAUCUCUGUCAAAAUCACCAUCAAAAAAUAGUUAAUGGUCUGCCGUUUCGACCCUAGCGGAGGCUUUCGUACUUGUUUUUGUUCAGAGUCGCUUAAAUUCAUCCCAUUUGCAUCAGAGCCCACUGGUUGGGUUAAUGAGUAUAAACUGUUAGAUUUAUAAGAAAAAGUAUUUCUUAUAACUUACCUAAGGGAUUUACGGCUCGAUGUCAUAUAUAUAUACAGUGAAUAAUAAACAGUAUUGGUCAAAUACUGCUUGUAUGCCCCCAAUUGAAAAACGCUGAAUUUCAAUUAGGAAUCCAACUGAGCGGCUUGUAGUCUUGUGUCCAUUGUCAUUCCUUCACAUUCAUUGUUAAAAGUUUAUAUAAAAACCAGUGUACAUGUACGUUAUGUGACGUAUUAUAAGCAAUUGCAGUGUACUGGCUGUACAUGUAUGUACUGUAUAUCAUGUAUCAUAGGAGAUUGUAAAGUAAAUGCAUAACAUAUGGUGCUGUUUCCAGAAUCCUGUACAUUGAUGUUUGAAUAGUUACCAACUUAAAACAAAAACUAAUCAAUGUUGUACAAAUAGGCAGGCCAUCCCCUGAUAAUGACAUUAGUAUGUGCCGAUAGAGGGCGCUAUACUGUUUGAAGUUGUAGUAUUGAUGACGUUUUUUUACCGAGUGAAAUACUCAGAAAUCAUAAUCAGUCAGUAUUAUAUAACUUUUUUUUUUUUUUUCAUUUUGGCAGAUAUGUACAAUGUCUGUUAUUGGAUCAGUUUGUACCAGAAAGAACAUCCCACCGUGGGACUUUUUGUAAGAAAAUUAUUACCGAAAAUACCUAGUAAAAGGGGAGGAACUCUGGCGCCUAUUUGGGGAGUUUCACUAUCUGGGGAGUUUCACUUUAACGAACUUUCAUCUGUGAGUAUUUUUAAGGGGUGCUACAGUGAUAAUGGGGUCCACAUUGAUACUAUGUUUCACGCAAUGAUUGACUUCUUCAUAAGCUAACUCAAUCGAGUUUACUCAGAAUUCAAAUUACGACAAAAACCAUUAAAAAAAAGUUUUUCAUAUUAUAUCACCGCAACUCAAAAGUAAAGUGACAAAAUUUGUUUAUAUUUUAUUAGUAUUGAAAAAAAGAAACUAGUUGAUGGAGAGUUGUGAUUUUCUUAAUAUAUUUCCCCGUUCCCAAAUGUUUUAAUAUUCCCCCGACUGUUUAUGAAUGCAUUGAGAAAUUUGUGUCAAUGUGGAAACUCAGGCAUUUGUUAUGUCGUCAUAGAAUCUAUAUUAAUUAGUUAUUUAUUGCAAAUGUCAAGUUAUAAUCCACAAGUGAAACUGACUGGAUGAAUUAAAAACAAUAAACUCGGAAAUUGAACUUGCAACCUCUGGUUUAAAGUGCCGGUGCUCUACCAACUGAGUUUUCUAUUAACAUUUGAAGGAUAAUACAGCGAAGAUCUAUAUUUGGAUUAGUUUUGUUUACCUGGUAAUCAGGGAUCAAUCCGAUGAAAGGAUUCACAAAGGGUUUGCUGACAGCUUGGCCAGUAACUAUGGUAACCCUUAGUCCCAUGCAGGAAUCUUUGACUUUGCUUGAAAUCUUACAUGGCGCCCUCUGUUGUUGAAUCCAAUGCAUUGUAAAAAAUAAUUAUAUUAUACAAAUAAAAUUGUUUAAAACAGACUGCCCUUUUUGAAGCCAGAGCUUCAGCGUUUGCUUUGACUUGGUCAUGAUUAACGUUUUUGUAUUUGUCACCACUAGAGGGCGCAAAAUCAAGUCCCUCGGAGAGACUGGGCUAGGUGAACAAAACGAAUGUCACCAAUCAAGACUUAGAUUGACUCUGUGAACUAUCUUGAAAAACGAUUUCAUUCAUUAUCAUUCAUCAUUCCGCAAAGACUUGCGUCCAUGGUCCCCUCAUCCUCAAAUUGUUAUGGAGGCACACUCUUAGAGUUACCACCAUCACCUGUUCUCUUACUCAAGGAUUACAAGGCUUCAAACAGGCUGAGGUGGAUGAAGCUAAAAUGAACUGAAGUUGAAACUGGUUUUGAAAAGGGCCAUAUACAGAGACUUUGAUGAGAGUUGCUCCAAAGUGAAAAGAGUAUGUUCCCAAGACAUCCAAGACUGAUUGGAUUCUUUUUACACAAUGCUUUAGUUUGAACUACAGAUGGAACUGUGUGUAUUGGUUUUUUUGUUUUGUAUUUUAUUUAAGCGUGUGUGUGUGGAGGUGAUUAUGGGCGAUGGGUGAAGGGAGGUGGUUCGGGGAAAACUGUCUUUAGUAUUAUUAGGAGAGAGGGAGUUGACUCUCACCGCUGGCUACACAACAAGGACUUAUUUCAAAAAGCUGUUAAGCAGAAGAAAAACAACAUUUUUAGCAAUUUUCUUGUUUUCUUUGCAAAAAUAAAAUUGAGUAGGGCACAACUUUCAACAGUGCAAACUUUUUGGAUUUUUGGCUGGUGACCUGUUUCUGCUAACAGCCAGUUUUUUGCUUACAGGCUUAAGGAAAUUGGGCUCUUGUUAUCUAGCUUUUGUUGCAGCGAGAACCUGAACUUGGACAACAAAAACAGAGUUGCCAUUUUGUUUUUGUAAACACACAAUCUUAUGGGGGUCGAAGUGAGGUUGUUCCUCAUGUAGACUGGUGCCUUUUCAAACUGAGUUUAUUCCUGAGGGUAUUAUUUAUUGAUGGAGGAACCAGACCUUUGUCCUUUUGUAAAUUAUGAAUAAUCUGUUGUCAUAUUUUCUCCCUUCGUUGUUCUCUCGUUGUACUCCAUAAAGCAAACUAUGUGCAAAUAUAAGUUAGAAAAAAAUAUACAUUUAAAGAAAUUAAAUUGUUUAUUAUAUAUAGAAAUGUUAUAACAAACAAAAGUGUAUAUAGGUGUACAUGUGUACGGACUCCAUUACUCUGUGCUAUAUUACUGUCAAUACAAUUUUUUUUUUAAGACUGAGUGCAGUCUAUGAAUGUACAUGUUUAGCUUAUAUACACGGUUUGCCUAUAGAAAUCUAUGUAACACAAGGGGCCCCAUUUCAUAGCUCUGCUUACUGUAAGCAAAGAAUUUGUGCUUACAGAAGUGUAUGUCAAACGUAUUUCACGGGUUAACAGGGAAUUUCUGCUUUGUGUGCAGGUUUACUCCACGUUACACAGCUAGCGCAGAACUUUGGCACUUACACAUUUAGCAGAGAAUGGUGAGAGCAAGCGCAGAAUUCGGCGCUAAGCAGAACCAUGCUAUUGGGCCAUGUUGUGCUGGUUAUAGCCAGUUCAGAUGAAGCUAGGAAUUCGGGAUGUCUCCCAUCUUCCUGUCAUGACAUUGUAUGGUCAUGCAGCUGUGCUUGAAAACAAAGGCUAAGGCAUAAAAGCCAGGCAUUCAAACAUGACUCGGGAGUACUUCACGAUGCCCAUUUCCUGAUUCAUAAUUGGUCAACAGUAAAACUGAUGUGGUCAUUUUUCAGCAAGAAGUCAUGGUAUACAAUGAGAAGUAUUGAACCAAUUACCAGUUACUUUUUCAACAUUCACAUGAGUGUUACGUACGCGCAACACAAUCAAAUGGUUAUUGCUCAAUCUAAUGCCUGUGGUUUACCUAAAGCCACCACAGAUGCAUUGGUUUUUGUCAUCUUGAGUACAAAGUUCCCCCACCCCCACCUGACUGCAGCUGCUCAGAGGUCAAAGUCCAAAUUAGAAAAUAAUUACAUGUUUUAAUAUUAAUGUAAUUAAUCCCUAAAUAAUAUUGAGCUGCUGAGUGUCUAUGAUAUUAAUAUUAAUAGUAAAUUAAAGUAGCUCUAUGAAGGUGUCUUCAUAAUGGUUCACAGAUUUUUGCACUUUUUUUUGUAAAAAGUUAUAAUCAUUCCUGCCAGCUCUCAGGGGAUUAAAUUGUCUACCAAUGGGGGUAGCAAUAUUUAUUGCAACAACGUAAUGAGCAGAAGCUUGUGAUGCAGUAUCGGUCGCUCUUGUGUGAACUUAGUGCGCUCCGGGGAGAAAUGAAAAGAAAAACUCCUAAAAUAAGUUCCUGUUGUGAUUACAGGAUACCGCCCUCUUGGUUGAAUUUGAUUAAAUGUCCUUACCCAACGAGCUGCAUCACAAACUUAAUCUCAACUUUUCUUGCAACUGACAUUUUUAACCUUAUGGAAUUUUGCGAGGAUACUUUUGUUGUAUAGAACAAAUCAUAUUACAAAAAUAGUUGUUUUGUUUUUUAAAUGAUUUGUUCUUAAAGUGUGACAGCGCCCUCUUUUGACUAAAUUUCCUUCAGCUAGAAAAAUAGGAGAAAAAUGUUCUCUUCCAAAACCAGAUUUAUUAUCAAUUUUAUGACUUUUGACGCUCUUGAUAGGAUUUUGCACUAUACCAGUUGUAUACCCUCCCUUUAUUUGGCUAUAUAAACCCAAACGAAUUUAAUGUUAUUUUGCCCUCUCAAUUAAUGGUAAAUUAUUAUGCAAGAAAGCACUUUUAUUGCACCAAAAUUGUUCUAAAUAAAAUUUACUUUAAAUUAUUUUGUACAACGAGAUUUAUCGUUUUUGAAAGAUUCUUACAUCACGAUUUUAAGAUGGUUGAACAAUUUUCAUUCCAGCCUCAGUUUGGAUCUCAUUUGUAUGUGAAGUAAAACACAAAGGCUGCAUCCCAUUAAGGUCUAAAAACCUAUACUUUUGCUACAUUUUUGACAUAAUUGUUUUGUAUCAUUUCUUUUUAAUAAUGGCCUUCCAAAAGAAGUGUUGCUUUUAGUUAUAAAUAUGCAAAUGUUUUGGUUAACCUUGUUUUUUUAAGUUGUCGUAAUAUUUGGUUCUGGACACACAGUGCAUUCAAUUGGUUCAAGUACUUUGUAAAUAUAUAAAGUAUAUAUAAAUAAUAUAAUAAUCUUGUGGGGUUGUGGAGAAUUAAUGAAACCAAUAAAUGAACGCUUUAUUGUCCUGUAGUAAUUGAA